UUCCAUUCAGUCAAAUUCCUCAAAAAAAUCAAACAGGAAGAAGCAUAAACUUCCCGUAGGCCUGUGAAAUAGAACCUCAAUACAUAAAACACUAGUUUUAGAUAGUUUUUAAAGCCAGGUGAUCCAUUGGAAAUUGGAGGCAGAGUGGAAAACAGAAACAAAAUUGAUGGAGGGCGAGGAAGAUGGUCCUCCAUUGGCAGUGCCCAUAAUCGGGCACGAGCCUGAGGCUGAGGUUGAGUUUGAGCCUGUAGGGGUUACAAUUAUCACAGGCUACCUAGGUGCUGGUAAAUCUACUCUGGUCAAUUACAUAUUGAAGGAGGAGCACGGGAAGAAAAUAGCAGUGAUACUAAAUGAGUUUGGGGAUGAAUUGGGGGUGGAGAGGGCGAUGAUAAGAGAGGAAGAUGCCGUCGUAGAAGAAUGGGUUGAGCUGCCCAAUGGAUGCCUCUGCUGCACAGUCAAAAGCAACUUUGUUCAAGCUCUCGAGCAACUCAUAACCCAACGCCAUCGGUUUGAUUAUAUUUUGGUGGAGACUACAGGCCUUGCGAAUCCCGGUCCUGUAGCAUCCCUGCUUUGGCUAGAUGAUGAGCUCCAGUCUUCUGUUCGUCUCGAUUCAAUCGUCACUGUUGUAGAUGCCAAAAAUCUUCAUUUGCAGCUCAGCGAGCAGCGUGAGUCUGGUGAACUUCCUGAAGCAUUUUUGCAGAUAGCAUUUGCGGAUGUUAUUCUCCUCAAUAAGGUCGACUUGAUUGUUGAGGAACAUGUAGACAUUGAGAAGUCUAAUGUUGUAGACGCGCUAAAAAGGGAUAUUCAAAAUAUCAAUUCAUUAGCACAUAUCAUGUGCUCAGUCCGAUGCCAUGUUGAUCUCAAUCUUAUUCUUGAACGUAAGGCAUAUGAUGCUAAGCAUGCUGCACAUCUACAAUCUUUGUUGGUUGAGACCAAUUCACAAAUAAGUAGCCACAAACAUGAUAGUGAAGUGAAAACGGUGUGUGUGGUGGAGCAAGGAUCAGUUGCACAUGAUCAGGUGAAAGCAUGGCUUGAGGAGAUUCUUUGGGAAAGCAAGGACAACAUAGAGGUGUACCGCUGCAAAGGCGUCCUUAAUGUUGUCGGCUCUGAAGAAGUUCAUAUUGUACAGGCAGUACGAGAACUAUACGAGAUUAUUCCAAUUCGAAAGUGGAAAGCAGGGGAGAAUCGUCUGAAUAAGAUUGUAUUUAUAGGUAGAAAACUGGAUCUUAACAUCCUGUCUGCAUCUUUUAAAUCAUGCCUUACAAGCUAAAAAAAGUGGUGGAAAGAUGGCGUUUGCAUUGUCUGUGGUCCAACCUGCAGUUAAAAUAUGAUUGCAUCUUUUCAAAUUAUAUCAUGUAGAUUUAGAAAAUAUGAACCAAAAAUUGGGAUAAUUUGAAUAAAAUGUUUGGAGCAAAAGCACUUAAUGUAAAAUUUUCCCUAAAAAUUCAACUGUUGAGAUUUAAAAUGGAAGAUCGAAUCACUAUGUCAAAUCAGAAAAGAAAUUUGAGGUCUCUCAUUAAACAACUAGCAAAUCAGAAAUGAUGAUGAUACUAAGGCUAUUCUGUUAAAUGGUUUGCCUUAAAAAUACAAGAUUGUUAUUUUUACUCUUAAUCAAACAGCUUCUCAAACCUUAGAAUA